GACAUGACAUGACCGGGGUCAACCAUAGGUCAACGACCCGAACUUGUACCUCGCUCGAAUCAUACUUACGUAGUAACUAAUUAGUAAUCUGUUAUUCAUAUACCUAUCUAUAUACCUACUUACAUUAGGUUAGGUACCUAGGUACUAAACCAAGGCGCCAAAAAAGUUGUGGAGAGUCAUUCAUGAGUGAUUGUUGAUUUUAUUUUAUCAGUGGGUGGAAGCUUUAUGUGCCAUGUAAACAAUCCCGUAUAAUCUGUGAAAUCCUGAUCUGUGUAUUCUAUAAUUUUCUUCUGUUUUAUAAUAUUUAUUAAAUUACUAAAUUCGUAUAAUAUUUAAUUACUUGUUUAAUUAAACAUAUCAAUGUGUACGUACAAGAUUUUUAAUUAUGUUGUUAUUUUACUAUCUUUAACAAAUGUUUCUUAUCAAGAGAUUGCUAAAAUGCAUGGACCAGGUUUACUACCUAAAGAGAUUAUUAUGCCGGCAAGAUAUUUUGUUGUUAACCUUACCUCUAUAUUGGCUACCGAAACUUUGCACCUGUCAGACAGUUUUGCUGUAGAAAUAGAAGGAAAAACACCUAAUAAAAAUUAUUGUAGAAUAUGGGUCAAUAAAUUGUAUAGGAAAGAUGGAACAUUUAUUGUGAGGUACAAGAAUUAUGAAACAUGCUUAGAUUUAACUAUAAGUCUUUAUUAUAAAAGUAAACAUAUCAAAGGUUCUCCAUUCACUUUUCAAGGCCCAAUUUAUCCAGAUCAAUGUAACUGCCCCACUUUAGACUUUGAUACCUGGUUAGAACAAUAUGGUUGUCCCAAGUCUUACAAUACUAUAGAUAGUGAUUUGAAAUUGUAUAAUAAAAUAAAUAUGACAAUAAUGGUUCAGAAAAUAAUUGAUAGAUUCCAUAAUCCAGAAAGCACUAGUUUUUGCCAUUAUGCUGUUAAAAAUAAUGAAGUGUAUAGAAAUUGCUAUGGAAAACAUGUGGGAUUCAAUAUGUUCUCAGAUAAUAUAUUGAUGUUUUUGGCCAGAAAAGUUGUUUUGCCAGAUAUGGAGUUAGUCGUUAAUUUGGGAGACUGGCCUUUGGUACGAAAAAAUACAGAACCUCUACCAAUUUUUUCUUGGUGUGGCUCUGAAGACACCCUGGAUAUUUUGAUGCCCACUUAUGAUAUAACAGAAUCGACGAUUGAAAAUAUGGGAAGGGUAACUCUUGACACAUUGUCGGUGCAAGGUAGCAUAGAGCGGCAGUGGGCCGAGAGAGAAGCGAAGGCUGUGUGGAGAGGCCGAGACUCGCGGCGCGAGCGGCUGGACCUCGUGGACAUUGCUCGCGCCAACCCUGACUUGUUCAAUGUUUCAUUAACUAAUUUCUUUUUCUUCAGAGACAAAGAGGCUGAAUAUGGACCCAAACAGCCUCAUAUAUCAUUCUUUAAAUUUUUUGAUUACAAGUACCUGAUCAACAUCGAUGGUACUGUGGCAGCAUAUAGACUUCCGUAUCUGCUGGCAGGAGGGGGGCUGGUCCUGAAACAAGAAUCUCCAUAUUUUGAGCAUUUCUACAAAUUGUUAAAGCCGUGGGAGCACUACGUGCCUGUGGCGCGCGAUCUGUCGGACUUGAGGCAGCGCGUGCUGUGGGCGCGUGCGCACGACGACGAGGCGCAUAAAAUUGCCCAAAACGCCAGGCAGUUUGCCAAUGAAAACCUAUUGCCUCAGCACAUUAUUUGUUAUCAUGCUGUUUUGUUUUCGGAAUGGAGCAAAAGGUUGACUAAUAACGUUACAGUUGAGGACAAUAUGACACAUGUGCCUCAACCUUCAUUUCAAUGUGACUGUCAACAUGGCAGAGUAAAUUUUCACCAAGAAUUAUGAUCUAAAAGAAACAAUUGCUACUUCUGCUAGUAUGCAAUUAAUGAUGAUAGUGCCAUUAACAUGUUUGCUUAAUUAGUACUUGACUUAUAUUAGGCAUUUUCAUUUUAUGAAGUAAAAAAAUCAUGUCAGUAUUGUGAUAUAUGCAAUUUUUUCAACAUUAAAAUAUAGUUUAGAUAUUAUAAAGGUUUCUGUGAUUAUAUAAUUAAAAUAAAAAGAAAUUGUGAUAAUAAUAAA